UGCAUGAUAAAGUGAAUGUUUGUCAAUUUGCAGGGCAAGGAGGAGAACGAAUUCGAGAGCUACUUAUCAAUCCAGCAGCCGCACUACUUGACUCAGCUCUACUGGCUGCUAUGGCGGUCAGUCAUGGAGAUCAGACGCAACCCACAGGACCAACUGCUGCGCUUGGCCUUCUAUAUGUUCAUCGCGUUGCUGAUCUCAACACCGUACGUGGGACUGACAGUCGACCAGAAGGGCAUCCAGAACAUCCAGGGUUUCCUGUACCUGGUCAUAGUGGAGACCAUAUUUAUGUUCAGCUACAGUGUGUUUCACACCUUUCCCUCCGAGCUACCAGUUUUACUGCGUGAAAUCGGUAACGGCUUGUAUUCGCCAGGCCCCUACUAUGUUUCCAAAAUGGUCAUUCUGUUGCCAAGGGCUCUGAUCGAGCCAAUCCUUUAUUCGGCGCUCACCUUCUACAUAGCUGGUCUGUUUGGAGGUGUAAUGGGUUGCAUCCAAUUCUGUAUACCUGUCAUAGCAUGUGCAAUCACCGCCACAGCUUAUGGUUGCCUGAUUUCGGCCCACAUUGAAUCGGUUGCCACUGGAUCAUUGGCGUCAGUACCAUUGAGCAGAUUAGUCUUAUUUUCUGUGGAAUCUACAUGUCGUUGAG